CGUUGGAAGCACUGUCUGACGCGUCUGCCUCCGCGAUCCGAAAGGAGAAGCGGCGAUGUAAGAUGAAGAUGAAGUAUUGACUGUCGUUUUGGCUCAUGUCUGAUCUGUCUUCAAGGAGUUGAUCUGGAAGCUCGUACUGCUGAACUUUCUGACCUUGACAAGGAGAUUGUGGCGAAGACCAUUGCGUUGGAUGAACAGCGCUCGAACAAAUGUCAGAUGGAAGGCGAGUGUUCACUUCUUAGCAAGACUGUGAAUGAUUUGAUGAAAGCGAAUAUGAAUUAUCAGCAGCAGGCCCAGGAAGUGCGCUUGCUCAGAAGGCUACUGGUGUGUCCUUUGUGUGAAAGAAACAUCAAGGAUGCGAUACUACUCACAUGCUUGCACACGUUUUGUGCUUCUUGCCUGAGCCUUCGCUACAGAAACAGGGAAUGGCAGUGUCCGACGUGCGGAAAGGCGUUUUUCUAUAGCGACAUAGAGGGAACAAACUGA